AUAAAGUAAGCCGCUUCCGGCAUCGCACGUGGGACGACCCCACUAACGAUCGAUGGAUGUCCAGGCUCCAUAUUGAGCCAUCAUCCAUCAUCAUUCUUCCUUGCAGCCUCAGAGCCAUCUUUUGCUCUCUCUCUCUCUCACUCUCAAGCAUAGUUAUGGAGAAGAGUAGGUCCUUCCCCGAGUAUUCGUACUCGUCCUCCUAUUCCGGUGGGUUGGGGUACGAGGGCCGCCCCAACUCCUACAGCUUCAACGGGCCGAACGGGAAGCACGACGGCUUCGCCAGCUCCAGCGAUCCCGAGCUCAAGCGCAAACGCCGGGUGGCGGCCUACAACGUCUUCACCACCGAGGCCAAGCUCAAGUCCUCCGUCAGGAACAGCGUCAAGUGGAUCAAAACCAAGUUCACCAACAUCCGCUACGGCAUCUGAACUUCUCCCAUCUCUCUCUCUCUCUCUCUUUCUCAUGUUUUAAAAUCUAGGCUAUAUAUUUAUAUGAUGAUGAUGAUGAGUGUCAAAUGGGUUUGUGCAUGGUUUUGGGGUCGCGAGGCUGGCUCCUGAUUGAAGGGAAUCAGGUGCUCGUCGGACAUGUCUUGAAUUCAAUAAUUGGAUUCAGGUAAUAUAUGUGGAGAGGCGGACGUGGUGAUGAUAGAAUUGCGUGUGAGAAUCUUGUGAUAUGUUUCGAUAGUUUGUAAUAUUUGCAUGCAUAUGCCAUAUGUGAAAUUAAUUAUAUAGCUGGAUCAAAGGUUUCGGC